UAUAAAAGUUUAACGUGUCAGGCAGUUGAAGUUAAGCUCAAAAUAGAUGUAUUAAUAUAUAUAAACCUUAUUAUAGAAUUAGGAAAUAAAUUUUUAUUAUAAUCUAUAUAUCGUACAGUACUCCAUAGAAUAAUUAAUAUCAACCCUUCCCCCCACAUCAUAUACCUUUUAGUAUUUAAAUUGCCAUACAUUUACUUUUUAGCAAUCGUCAAGUCACCACUCACACUCAGACUAAUUCAAGCAUUGUGCAUACUAUUAGCCAGCUUGGUUUGUCACACCACAGUUUGAUUGCUAUUCAACUAGACAUCCUAUGAGUGAAAAUAAUAAUAAUAACCAAUUACCCCCAAGUUUGGGUCCAGACUUGGAAGUUGGUCCAUCAACUCUUCCACCUGGACGAAAUGAUUAUGACAACGAAAAUGAAAAUGAAAAUGAAAAUGCAAAUGCAAAUGCAAAUGUAAAUGCAAAUGAAAAUGAAAAUGAAGAUGAAAAUGAUAAUGUUGAAGGUACGGAAAUAGAAGAAAUACCAACCGAAGUAUCUCCAUUAUUAGUUUCUACCUCACAUAUUAGUAAUAAUGAUCGUAGACAUUAUGAUGAUGAUGAAAGUGAUAGACAAAGUGUACUCAUGAAAAUGGCUAAACGACCAUUUUGGUGGUUUGCCGUAUUGGGAGUACUUGCUUUUAUUGUAUUUGAAUUAUCAUUUCUCCCUCGAACUUCCUUAAGUAGAGAUUAUAGAAGAUGGAAUGGAUUAAAAUUAACAAAGUCAGAUGUUAAAAGACAUUUCUUAUUAUUUCUGGGAAUUGGUAAAAGUCAUAACUCACUCACAACUGAAGAAUAUAUAAAUAAUUGGUUAACCAAUUUCACAGCCAUAAAUGAAAAGCAACUGACUAAUCUUAUAAGUGCUGAAAAUAUCGAACUUGUAUCAUUUGUUCAGAAACAUUUCAAGAAUUUUGGUUUUAAAGUUCAAACAUUGAAUUACGAAUUACCUAGUACUUAUGAAAGAUCAGUUGAUUCAUCACUUAAAUUACUAGACAAUAAGGGGAAUCUCAUUUAUGAAGCAAAUUUACAAGAAUCAAAAUCAUUCACUACCCCUUCAUAUUAUAUUUGGGGGAUUAAUGGAUCUGUACAAGCAGAUUACGUAUUUGUAAAUGAGGGAACUCUUGCAGACUAUAACUUGGUGAGAUCUCACGGGAUAGAAAUUAAGAACAAAAUUGUCAUCACAAAGACAAAUUGGUUGAAUAAGAACUUGACGAUUAACGAAAAGAUUCAGAUUGCUGAGAGAUUCGAAGCAGCAGGAUUCAUCAAUUAUUAUGAUUUCAAAUCCAUCAUCAAUAAUAAUAAAGAAAUCGAAUUGAAAGAAUUAAAUCUGGUUAUUUCUCGAGGUAAUAGUGGUAAUUUUGUAGAUAUAAGUCCUAAUCAAAUCAUCUUUAAUUGGGUCAAGCCACAAAUCCCUGCUAUUCCAAUUAGUUUCAAAUCCAUUAAACCAAUUUUAGAUACAUUUCAAAAUGAUAAAAAAUCCGCUGGUAUAUUUAAUGAUUGGGAUUAUUAUCCUUCUAGACUUGAUAAUUCUAUUAAAUUACAAUUAUUAACAAAUUUCGAAUCAAGUUUAAAAUCUAGUCCAAGAAAGUUAACUAAUAUUAUUGCAUCAAUUAAAGGAGUUUUAAAUGAUGGAGAUAUUGUAAUUGGAGCUCGACGUGAUUCUACUACUUCUUCAAACCCCUUAUCAAAUCAUGCUAUAUUACUUGAGAUAAUGCGUAAUUAUCAACGAUUAGUUAAUAUGGGUUGGAAACCUUUAAGAAAUAUAAAAUUUGUUUCAUGGGAUGGAUCUAAUUCAGGUUCAUUAGGUACUCAUUUAUUUACUAAUGAUACUGAUCAUUUUAAUACAAAAAGAUCUAUUCUUGCCUAUAUAAAUAUCGAUGGAGAUGCUGUUACUGGUAGUAAAUUUCAUAUUGAUUCUAAUCCAUUUUUUAAUCAUAUAUUAAAAAAGACUUCAAAAUAUAUCCCAAUACCUAAGAGUAGUACUCCAUUUAAAACUUUAACUGAUGAAAUUUAUUAUGAUAAAAGUAUUGAAGAUGAUGAAGAUGAUACUGAUGAAGAAGGGGAUGAUAAUGAUGAUAAUGAUCUUUAUGAUGAUGAUGGAGAGUCUUAUACUACAUUACAUAGAUAUUGGUCAAAACAAGAUAAUAAUAGUAUAAAUGAUAUACUUGGUAGAAAUUUAAUAGAUUCAGAUAGUCUUAUCUUUCAAAAUCAUUUAAGUACUCCCAUCAUUAAUUUAAGAUUUGAAAAUGAUGUUAAACGUGAUUCAUCAUUAUAUGUUCCAAAUUCCAAUUAUUAUUCAUAUGAAUGGUUAAUUAAACGUCAAAUUGAUGAAGAUUUAUUACUUCAUGGACUGUUAAUUCGUUAUAUUGGAUUACUUGCCAUAACCUUAUCAGAACAUGAAGUGGUUGAUUAUCGAACAAGGUAUUAUUCUCAUACAAUUAAUAAUUCAUUUGAAAAUUUCUUGAAUGAAAAUAGAGAAAUUUUAAAUUCUUGGGCCAAUAAAAACGUUUCAACAUAUUUAAUUAAUAAAUCCAAUAUCUUUAAGGACUUUAAAAAUGAGUUUGAUAAAGAUAUUGAAGUUUUAACAUUAAGUAACUUAAUUAGUCAAUUCCAAUCACAUCUCACUGAUUUAUUUGAAAUAUCAUUGGAUUUUGAUAAAAGAAAUAAAUUAGUUCAAGAUGGGUUAACAAGGGAUUAUCCAUGGUAUAAGUUUUAUAAAAAAGUUCAACAUUUCGCCGAGUUUAAAUUAUCAAAUUAUAUUUUAUUACAUUUAGAGAAAAAUCGUCAAUUAAACAAUAAUGAUUAUCAAUAUCUUAAUUUAUCUAAUCAGUAUUAUUUUAAUCAUGCAUUAUAUGGGAUUCCUAAAUUUAACGUGAAUUCUACAACAGAUAUUUUAAAUAAUAGAUUUAAACUUAGUACUUUUACUCAUCUUCAUGAGGCUGUAUUAGAUGAUGAUUUUGAAAAUACUGUUAAGUGGUUAGUGAUUAUUUACGAUAAACUUAAGUUUUAAUGGCGACUUUAUUAUUAUUAUUAUUAUUAUUAU